AUGUCUCAACAGCAGACGACUCUGCCUGAAAUUUCAAUUGAGGAUAUUCAAACAGAUUAUUGGUUGAUUAUUGAUUCAAAAGUGGUAGACCUCUCGGACUUUUUGUGGAAGCAUCCUGGAGGUCCUGGUUAUUUGAAGGAUUAUUUACAUAAAGAUGCCUCUGAAAAAUUCCAUUAUUUUGGUCACAGUGAACGAGCAAUCGAAAUGGUCAACGAAAUGGCUAUUGGUAUAUUAAAAAAAGAAAUGUAA